CUCCGCCAGUCUCGCCACAAGCGAACAGCUCGAGCAGCUGGUGAUCGCCAGUGAUUGCAAUAUGUCGUUGGUCGAUAAAAUUUGCUAUUAUCAGCGAAACUUAGAGAAAUAUGUGGAUGACAAGGAACGGAUAUUGCAUUGUAUUUCCAAAUUGCAUAACCUACCGGUGACGGUGCAGCAUCUACAGGAAACGGGAGUGGGAAGAACUGUAAAUAGCUUCAGAAAGUAUGAGGGUACUGUUGGCGAUGCUGCGAGGGCCCUUGUUUUCAAAUGGAAGACAAUGGUGGCGGACGAAGAAUCUAGCGAUGGUGAGGAUGAAGACGAGCCUUGUGUACCUGAUGUUCACAAAAAUUAUCCCGACAGCCAGGCAUCACCAAAGGCAGUAGAUUUACAAGAAAACGCGUCGUCUGAUCAAUCGAUAGAAUCAAAAUAUAAAGAAAAUAAAAGUAGACAUAGAGAAGGUAAAAGUGAAACGACCACAAAAUACAACACAAUGUGUUCAUCCAAAUCAAAGACAGAAGAUAAGCACGAACUGAACAACAAGAGCAAACACUCUUCCAAGCAUCAUUCCCAUAGUGAGAAAAAGUCUUUGAUUAUUGAAAAGGAAUCAAAAAGCAGUAAGUCAAAUGUAAAAAAGGAGGAAACUCAUAGUUCAACGAAACAAAGCCAUAAUAAAACAGAUGAUUCGAUGAAGAAAGAUAAGAUCAACUUAACCGUCAGAGAUAACGAGGAUGACAGUAGAAAAAGAAAGGGAGAUACGGUGAAUGUUUCAAAAGAAAACAAGAAGAGAAGACUGACAGAUGUUAAAACCGACGAGGAGAAGUCCAAGUUACUUAAUGGGGACAAGAAUUUUUCUUGUUCGAAAUCUUCCGGGAGUAAUGAACAAAGCGACAAACAGAAGAAGCAAGAAAAAUCCAAGAGCAGUUCCGUCAAGCUCAAACCGGAAGAAUUGAACAACAAAACCAAGGAUAGCGGUGAGAAACAAAAGUUUAAAAAGGACGAGGACAAGAAUCACAAGAAACACGACGCGAAAAAAGAAUCCAGCCAUCAUUCUAAAAAGGAGAGUUCCAAAGUUAGAUCAUCCAGCGACAAGGAUCACAACAAGAGUAAGGAAAAAAAUAUAAAAAGCGAGCACGCGGAAAACAAAAGCAAACGUACGAAGAUCAAGGUGAAGCAAGAAAUAAAUAGCGACGAUGGGAUUGAUUGCAACUCCGGAACAAGUUUUGCAGAAGCGCUUGGCAUGUGCACCGUGUCUCAGCCGUUGAAAAAACGUGCCAACAACUCGCUCGCUCAAAGUUCCAGCAAGCUCGUUAAAACGGAACGAUUGUCGCCUCCGAUUAGUAACAAAAAGAUCGCGGUAAAAACUGAGCCGGAAUCCAGCGACGCUUCGAAUCCGUCUCUUUUGGCCCCGAAUAUCAAAUUGGAACCGCUGAGCGCAGAUUUGGUAACUUUUACGUUGCCGGAAAUCAGUCCCAAUUACAAGCCGUUGCCACACGUCAACUCCAUCAGUAGUCGUAGAGAAGAGUUUAAACCAAUCGACGAUAUCAUUUACGUCAAGAAUCAAAGAACAAAAGUAUACUCUGGUAACAAACCCACUGCGCGAUAUGGUGCGAAGGUGCCCACGUUGUACGAAUUGUGCCUCAGAGUAUUGAUGGACAAUAUUGACGCUCUCGAAUAUACCGGCGGUGUACCGUAUGACAUAUUAAAGCCGGUUCUGGAACGGGCUUCGGCUGAACAGUUAUUUACGUUGGAACAUUAUAAUCCGUACCUUAUAGAGGAUACGGAUACGUUAUGGGAAUAUCAUUGUAACAAAGAGUUCAGAAGCAUGGAAAGAAAAGAGAUGGAAUCGUGGCGCGAUAUGUAUAUGCGCUGCUUGGACGAAAGAGAAGCAAAAUUGAAGAACGUCACUGCGAACAUCAAACAGUCCAUUGACAACUCCGUCCCGGUCAGAUCCACAAAGCUCGCGUAUGUGGAUAAUGUUGUGAAGCCACCGCGAAACAUACUGAAGAAGCAAGCGAAGUACGGCACGGCUUCCGCCAUACCUGUCACUGCUUCUAGUGUAAAGAAAAAAUUGUCCAGUCCUGCAGCUAACAAUGCGACAAACAUUGCUGUACCGGCACCGCCAAUGGUUCGAUUUAAGGCAUCAACAUCGAACAACGGGAAAAAGACAAAAGCACCGCUCAUGGCAAAGGCGUUACAAUUAAUAAAGGGACGUUACAAACGGUAGCUCGAAAUGACGUCGAUUUUCGAGAACGUCGGACGUGUAACAUCGGUCGUAAACGACGAUCUUCAUUUCGGAAUUUACGUAUAUGCUGUAUACUGCAAGGCAGUUAUAUAAAAACAAAAACAAAACAAAAAAAAUAUAAACAUCACAUCUCACAUUCAGUGAUUAUUCCGUUGGACUUUGACAAUUUAUACAUUGUACGUAUUUCUUUUGCAUAAUAUUUAUCUCAAACUUUAUGUAAAAAUAAUGGAUCAUAAAUUGAUACAUACAGAAAUUUCUUAUAGAAAUUUCAUCGUAGGAGAAUUAAUGUACAAUUAUCCAUCGAAUAUAUAAUUGUUCAUUAGAGAUGAUUUUAUA